UAUGCCUUAUAUGCUUAAAAAACAUCACCUAUUGUCGAUUAUAGUCUUGCUCCACUUGCCAAUCAUUUCAGAGACUUUGUGGUCUGCAAACGUAAGUCGUCAGAGAACACAUUCAUAUUGCCCUACAAAAGUGUGAGUUUCACAGCUUCUUUCUUUCUGAGCAGACGGAUAAGUAAAUUCACUGCAAGGCAGUGGAGAGACAAAAAGAGGAAGGACUCUCAACCAAAAGCUUUCCUCUGUCUUAUUUUAAGACACUUGAAACUUUCUGACUUCAAGCUGGACAUAUGUGUGUGGAUCUGUUUUUUUGGAAUGUUUUCUAUUAACUCAACGACACCCCUGACCUACACAGGAACAACAGGAAUGAAUUACAGUUACUAUCUGAACGAGUCAUAUUAUCACUAUGAUGAAGACUUACUCGUACAGUGUCAUUUGGAGAACUAUGAUCAAAUCACAGGAGCAAGUUACAUUGCCAUCUGUUGCUUCAGCUUCUUCGGGAAUGGCAUGCUCCUGUUCGCACUGGCCCGCUUCGAAGAUCUCAAAAGGGUCACCAUGCUUUUUCUACUCUGCUUGGGAUGUUUUGACAUGUUGUUCACGUUGACUCUUCCUUUCUGGGCUGUUGAUCAUCUGAACGAGUGGAUCUUUGGGGAAACUGCGUGUAAGAUCCUAACCGGGGCCUAUUUCGUGGGAAUAUAUGGAAGUCUGAUUCUACUGACGGCCAUGACGGUCGACUGCUUCUUUUUUAUUGUCGUGCGCAGCCAGUGGCUCACUCGCAGAAGAAGGCUCUACUGUGCAAUAGCAGCUUUUGCAGGGUCGUGGAUCAUCAGUAUAUCAGCCUGUCUGAAAGAUGCCCUGUUCUCCAAGGUUCACAUGGUGAAUGGCAUCCGCCUCUGCCUCACCUUGGUUUCUGAUGAUGACCAGGCAGGUUACUACACACAGUUUGUCAUGCUCUUCGCUAUUCCACUGCUGAUCAUCAUCCUGUCCUAUGGCAAAAUCCUGCACACCCUCAUGUCGAGCUUCGGGCGCAGAAGGUACAAGACAUUGCUGGUCGUGUUGCUCAUAAUCAUGGCUUUUGUCAUAUGUUGGGGACCUUAUCAUAUCGUCAUGGUCGUGAUGCCGUCUCAUGUUUCCGGGAGUUGUGAAAAGAAAAAUCAGCUCAACCGAAUUUUUGUCAUCUGCCGAAUCCUUGCCUAUUCCCACUGCUGUAUCAAUCCAGUGUUGUUUCUGAUCAGAGGAAAGCCAAGAAAAAUCCUGUCCAAGUUUCUGUUCUGCCAGGCUCAACAAAGGUGCGCCGAAAUAUCAGACAGAUCUUCUGACCCGAGUCAUUUCAACAUCCACCAACGCUUGAGCGUGGCAAUUCCACAAAAUGUAACAGAGCUAAAAUCAAUUUGAGAAAUGAUGAAUGUAGUGGUGGUGACUCAAAACUGACUGGUACAUUUCUCCUUUUUAUGUGAGUGAUUCUUUUUUUUUGCGUGAGUUAUGUGAAUACUUUUUUUUUUACGAGUAUUAUGUGAGAAUAUGAAAUUUCAUAUUAUAAUUUUCUAGAUUGCAUCUUAUUGUUUUGUUUUGUUUUUUAAAUCUGGUUUGCUCCUCCAUGAUGUUUUUCAUUUCCUGGUUGUGUUUUGGAUUUUAUAACUUGUAAGAUAUUUUUGUCAUGAUUGUUCUUCAGAUGGUUCAUGGAUUUUCUUUCUAAAGGAACAAAGGAACAAACCAAAGAACUUUUCAAAGUGCUAGAUUUACCCUUUUACUUUUUUUUUUACUCAUUGUAUGUUUUAUUCUCUUUAAAAAAAACUAAAAAAAACAUUUUAAGCUACAUUUCACAAAAAAAAAAAAAACCUCGAUAUAAACUCAGCUCUUCACGGUGAAUUUCUCAAACUAUUGCACAUUUGUCUGUUGGAAAAAAUGAAACCAUUUCAGUAACACAGAAGAGACAGGCACAUUGAGUGGUACGUAUUACAGUGCAAGUUUGAGUCAUCUUCUUGGUCUUUUGCAAUAGCAAAAAAAACUCUUUGUACCAAAUUGUGGUGUUUUUUUUUUUUUUUGUACAAUCAGAUAAUUAACAGAUGAUUACGCUAAUAUGAGGUGGCAUGAUGGUGCAGUGGUUAGCAUGGUUGCCUCACAGCAAGAAGGUUUUGGCUUCAAACCUAAUGGCUGACGAGGGGCCUUUCUGUGUGGAGUUUGCGUGUUCUCCCCGUAUCUGUGUGGGUUAACUCUGGGUUUCCCCUCACAGUCCAAAGACUUGCAGUUAAUAACUCAGUAAAUAAAAAAUUUAUCCAAAACGUCAGACAAAAUCAUUUCCGCUUAGAAUGUAAACAAACUGGCGAAAUGAAAAAUGCAAUAAUAAUAAUAAUAAUAAUUCUUGAAAAAUAAAAAAGAUACGUUUUUAAUCAUCAAAUACUUUCAUUCCAUAUUUUGUCGCUUUUCUUUUUUGCAUUUUUGCCAUUUUGUUAUCAAGUCUAGUUUUUAUUUCAUCCUCGGUUGGUUCAGCAACACGCUCCACCAUUUUGUUUUUCUCUACUCACGGUAUAUGAGCUGAUAUCCUAGUAGUAGAGCAGCCAAUCAGAGCGCACAUUUGCUCAUAUCCAGUGAAGGUGGAUAAAAUAAUUAAUAAUAUGGAUUGUCAGUGAGACAAGUUAAUUCCUGUUAUCGCUUACGUUAUAGCAGUUACAAGCAGUUUUAACACCAGCCUGUCUUUCUUUAAGUUAUUUUUUAAAGAAAAAAGACAAGAAAAAAAUACAGAUUUUCCUGAAGACUUUCCCAAGGUGCAAACAUAUAACUGUUGCAAAGCCUUGACACAGGAGACUCCGCCGAAUAAUUUUACAUCAAUGGGUUCUUCCAGAAAAUGUUAUCCUUUUAACAACUGUACAUUUUUUUCUUCCUUAAAGAGUAGCAUUUUUUUAAAAUCUGCCUCAGAUUAUUUUGAGAAUCCGUCACACCGAUUAUGCCGCUGUGAAUCCGCUGUUACUUUCAAAACGCCAGCAUAUGCAAACAAGCGCAUUAAUAUAAAUCUUGCUUGCACUCAGAAACUAUCAUGAUUAAGCAACAUCUUUGGACCAACAGGAAUUGAGCACUCAAAGUCGCUGUGGUACAAAUAUAUUUACGUUAUUCUGUGAAUUCUUAAGCACCUUAUGACAAAAUACUGUAAAUGUUUUGUUGUUGUUGUUGUUGUUUGUACAGUUAUUUUCUGUUGUUCUUUGGAUUUUAGUAGCAGUAUAGUAACAGGCUUCUUCUUCUUCUCUCCAUCUUUCACUUCAGUGCCUGUAUAAGUCAUUGGAAUUUUGAGUUCUAUAAUUAUAUGGUCUUUUUUUAUGAACUAACUAACAAUAAAGUGAUGAACUGCUCUAUCUACUGAUUUCAGGAAGCCGUCUGAUUAAAUUAGACAGAGGUGGCGGCUCUGAUCAGCUGUCAACUCAUUAAAAAGCACUUUUCUUUCUUAUAGACGUCUUAAGACUGCAGGUGUAGAUGGAUAUAUAAAUCAUGGAAGAGUUUAGAUGUCGUCUUUUACUGUGACUAUUCAUAUUCCUCUCAUAUUAAGCCAAUUAAAGCUGAUCAACCUUCA